CAUUACUCUUUGGCGCCUACUAACGGCGCUUUUCCAGUGACUCCACAACCAUCCAACCAACCUGAGGCUGCACUUUUCGCGUGGCGAGACCAAAAAAUAAUAUUUAAAGACAGGUCCCGUGGUCGUAGUAAUUUUUAAUUUGUAUACCCCGAUUUUAGCUCUGCAAAGAAGCACUCAAAUAAAAUGCGCGAAGUGAUUUCCAUCCAGGUUGGCCAGUGCGGCAUCCAGAUCGGCAACGCCUGCUGGGAGCUGUACCUCCUGGAGCACGGAAUCAACUUGGAUGGCAGCCUGAAGAGCAAGGAGGAGCUGACGGCCAGUGGAAGCAGUGCCAGUGUGGGUCACGACACCUCGGCGAAUGAUGCGAGAACCUUCUUCACGGAAACCGGAAAUGGCAAGCAAGUGCCGCGUUCGAUUUUCGUGGAUUUGGAACCCACGGUCAUCGACGAUGUGAGGAAUGGCUGCAUGAAGGAGCUCUAUCAUCCGGAACAACUGAUUUCCGGCAAGGAGGAUGCCGCCAAUAACUAUGCCCGCGGUCGCUACUCCAUUGGCAAGGAGGUGAUCGACAGGGUGACCUCGCGUCUGCAGAAGAUUUCCGAGCAAUGCGACAGCUUGCAGGGAUUCCUCAUCUUCCAUUCGCUGGGGGGAGGCACGGGAUCGGGGUUCACCUCCUUGUUGGUCGAACGCCUAUCCACCGAUUAUAGUAAGAAGUGCAAGCUGGACUUUGCCGUUUAUCCAUCGCCGAAGGUCUCAACCGCUGUGGUGGAGCCAUACAACGCCCUGCUGACCACCCACUCGACCAUGGAGCACUCGGACUGUGUGUUCAUGGUGGACAACGAGGCCAUCUACGAUAUAUGCAACAAUAGUCUGGGUGUGGACAGGCCAGCCUAUAGGAAUCUGAAUCGUUUGAUUGCCCAGAUUGUGAGCUCCACAACUGCCUCGCUGCGUUUCAGUGGCUCCAUGAAUGUGGAUCUGAAUGAGUUCCAAACGAAUCUGGUGCCCUUCCCCAGGAUUCACUUCCCCCUGGUGGCCUAUGCUCCGCUGAUGUCCGCUGAGCGGUCAGCCCAUGAACAGCACGCCAUUACCACGCUGACCAACGCUUGUUUUGAGUCAUCCAAUAUGAUGGUCAAGUGUGAUCCGCGGGCGGGUAAAUUCAUGGCCUGUUGCAUGCUUUACAGAGGGGAUGUGGUGCCCAAGGAUGUGAAUGCUGCAGUGUCGGCCAUAAAAUCCAAGAGGCACAUCCAGUUCGUCGACUGGUGUCCGACUGGUUUCAAGAUCGGUAUUAAUUACGAGAAGCCAGCUUUUGUGCCGGAUGGGGAUUUGGCCAGGACAUCGAGGGCCUGCUGCAUGUUGUCCAACACCACCGCCAUUUCGGUGGCCUUCUCCAAUCUGUCCUACAAGUUCGAUCUGAUGUUCAAGAAGCGGGCCUUCGUCCACUGGUAUGUGGGCGAGGGCAUGGAGGAGGGCGAGUUCACCGAGGCCCGGGAAAAUAUCGCCGUUCUGGAGCGCGACUUUGAGGAGGUUGGCACGGACAAUAUCGAGGAGGACGGCGGCGACGACUUCGAUGAGUUCUGAGAUCGAAGAUCACAGUUUCCUAUCCCCAGAUCCCUGCCCCAGUCAUAUUUGUAUUCCAUAAAAAUAUGUAAAUAAACUAACAGAGCGUUUAAACAAUCA